CUCCGUAGCCCGCCAUUCGCAGGUACUGCCUCCGAGCAGCCUGAUCCCGAACCUCUCUCCCUUGACUCUUCCAUCCACGCCCUACACGCAGCUCCAGAAGCGGCCGUACCACAUCCGGCUCCAGGCGGACAACCCCUCACCGGCACGCGUCAGACGGCUGACUCAAUCCCUGGUCCUUCUCGGCCAAACGGAAUCGCCUCGCAGCACGCAUCAUCCGAGUCGGAAGGCGGUGGGCCCGAGCGCCGAGCAGGGCACGAGCGCAUUCUCACCGCCGAGGAUGAGCACCUGUCCAAGUCGCGCUCGAAGCGGCUCUUGUCCGGCUACCUCUUUGGCGAUCCGCACAAGGACGUUGCCAUCCCCAUAUCGAGAAACCCCACUCCACCGCUCUCGAGUCAUGGAUUGGAUUCACCCCCCUUGACGGAGGCGGACGAGUCGGAGCUUCAGCCCAGUCUGGGACAGACGGCGGACGCCGUGGAUGCGGAGGCAGGUGAAGAUGAUAUACGAGAAGCGGGGCUGGGGCGGGAUGAUGGGUUGGUCAAGGGUCACGCUGGGCCUAGUGCGAGGCGGAAUACGCAGACCAGGGAUAGGGAGUCUGGGUGGGAUGCGUUGAAUGGACUGAAUGACGGAGAGGCGGAUCUGGACGAGUCGGCCCCACAAGGCGAGGGAGGGACGGAGGACUAUCUCAGCGGGAUGAAGGACUAUGUCUUCCCAAGACACAGACUUCGGACAAGCAUGAAAGACGAGACGAAGAUCCCCAUCGUUAUCGUUGCAUGCGGCUCAUUCUCACCGCCGACAUAUCUGCACUUGCGAAUGUUCGAGAUGGCCAAAGACGAAGUGGUUGAGUCCCAGACAUACGAGAUCAUGGGCGGGUACUAUUCUCCAGUGUCCUCGAAGUACAAGAAGUCCGGUCUCGCCCCAGCGAUCCACCGCGUCCGAAUGUGCGAGCUCGCCGUCGAGCACACCUCUACCUGGUUGAUGGUCGACCCUUGGGAGGCUGGACAGGCAGAGUACCAGCGUACCGCGGUCGUCCUCGAACACUUUGAUGAGCUACUCAACUCGGCAGACGGCGUGAUGGGUGGCGGACUGGUCAUGAGUGAUGGGAAGCGGAGAAGGAUCAAGGUGAUGCUGCUGGCUGGAGGGGAUCUGAUAGAGAGCUUUGGCGAGCCCGGUGUGUGGAGUGAGCCAGAUCUACAUAUCAUUCUCGGCCGCUUUGGCUGCUUGAUCGUCGAGCGCGCCGGAUCCGAUGUCUGGGCGUUCCUCCUCUCUCACGACAUCCUGUACCACCACCGCCGGAAUGUGAUUGUCAUCAAGCAGCUUAUCUACAACGAUAUCUCUUCUACGAAAGUCAGGCUGUUUGUGCGGAGAGGGAUGAGCAUCAAGUACCUGUUGCCAAAUAGUGUCAUUCAGUACAUCUACGACAAUAAAUUAUAUAGAGGAUCUGACGCGAAGACGAUCGCGCCGUGA